GGGGCGGUGGCGGCGGGUCUCGCAGGCCGCUGCCCGUGUGUCCCCCGCCCGGGUCGUGACCGCCAGCCCCCCGGACGCCCCCGCUGACCCCCCGCAUGGCGAGUGAGCCGUGGUUUGGGGAGCCCCCGCUCCCCGACGGCUUGGAAAGUGCGGCUCCCCAGUGGCCCACGCCUCCCCCCGGGAGACCCGGGGACCCCGGCCCCCCGGAGGAAGAGGAGCAGGAGCAGCGAGGAGCCCAGCAAGAAGGGAGGGCCCCGCAGCCCCCCGCGCCCCUGCCGGAGCCCCCCGUCCCCGCAGCCCCGACGGCGCGCUCCCCGGAGACCCCCGAACCCCCCGGGCCCCCGGUGCGCCUGGCCCUGGAGGCCAUGUUCAGCCCGGUCACCGAGCAACUCCGCUACCUGCUCAAGAAGGCCGGCGACUUCCAGAACUACCUGCUCUUCAGCAGGGACCGAGUACAGAAGGAACAGCUGGCCCGCGCCAUGCCCACCUUCCUGCAGACGUGCCAGCCCUACUUCCUGUACCUGGAGGCCACGGCCAGGAGUGUGCCCCCCAUCUAUGGCGCCCUGCAGGAGCUGGUCCGGAAGGGGCUGUUGGACAUCUCCCAGCAGCUGACGCUGCGGCUGGAACAGCUGGUGCUCAUGUACGCCUCCUGUGGCUUCGUGGGGCUGGAUGACACGGACCCCUUGAGCACCUCCUGCUUCUUCUGCGGAAGGUUCUCCAUCGGCCCUGCCCACGAGGUGUCCAUCUUCCGCUACUGUGUCCCAGCCGCCUACACGGCCGCCCGCUUCCCACGUUACCUGUACAAGAGGAUGCGUUGGAACCUGGAGACCAUCCAGGAGCCCGGGGUCCGGGGGCAGGACCCCCAUGUGGAGUACUACUUUCUGUGCUAUCGGGACACGUGGGAAGACACAGGGAAGAGCCCCGCCAACUCGUGCCCUCAGAUUCAGAAGCUGUGGUCCAUCGGGCGCUGGGUGCCCCUGGGGCCCCCUGAUGAGGACCUGUAUUCCUGGAUCCUGUGCUCACAGCCACCGGGCGACUACCAGCAGCUGCUGACAAUCGGCUUCGAGGAACCGUCGCACGUGCUGGCCACCGACCUGCUGGUGCAGAUCCUCACCGGCCAGGCCGCCCCGGCCCGGCCCCCCAGCACCGCCUGGACCGCCCCCUCGGGGACUUGAACCCGGGGCCGCAGGAGCCAGCCAGCUAGCCAGAACCAGGGCGGGGCAGGCAGCGAUGGGGGUCAAAUAUAAACAUUUAAAAGGGGGGGGUCCCUUGGUUCCUUCAGCCCUGCUGGCCUGGCCUGCAAAGCCCCGAGUCGGGGGUCCCUAAUCCUGGGCAACCCAGGCCCCGCCGCCGAGCUGCAAUAAAGAGCCUAGAAAAGA